CAUGCAGCUCGAAGAGGUUCGCUGACGCUUAGCUCGAUCAAGAACUAUGAGUCUUCCUUCGUGCAAGGAAACCAUUGAGGACAUGCAGACACACAGCAUUACAUCGUCUAGUGGCUGCGAUCAACAACUGACAGACACGUCACAAGGAGACAUUGCGACAGUGACAUUUCUGUGGAAGGAAUCACUUGGAAUCCAGACGGUUUCCAAGCAGAUCUUUUUGAUCGGUACUUUCGAUCAGGUAAAACUUGAUUGGCAAGACCAGGAUCAAGUCUUCAAGUCUUUGCCAACUGAGAUAGAGUUUGGAAUAUAUAGGGACUGUCGACUGGUUGUCAAUGGAGAGCUGUAUGUGACUCAACUAAUUGUUAUAGACAACAUUAGUCAAAUGAAGCACAUUCAGCUUCAAAGUGGGAAUACUGACCUCAUUCUAAAGGACCAGAGACAGUGUAAAGUUGCUGUUGAUCAAAAGGGAACAGAGAGCUUACUAGAGAUUUCUUCUCAUCAAAGCGUGUUUGGUGCAGCAAGCAACCACACAUCAUCUGAAGUCAAGGAGCAUUUUUAUGGCAAUUGUAAUGAGAAUUCAGAUUGGAAAGGUGAAGAUACAAAAGGGGAAAUGCAAAAGCAAAAUGAAAAAUUGCGAGAUGAAAAUGCUCAAACGGAGAAGAAGUUGAUUCAACACGCAAGAAAAUUACAAGAGUUAAACAUGACUUGUUCAAAAUUAGAAACAGAUCUAGCAGACAAGAACAAACAUUGUGACUUGUUGCAAAAAGACAAACUAAGCCUGGAGAAUGACUUGGCUGGAGAAACUGCUUUGAAGGAGGAGCAAGAGUGUAGAGCAGAGUCAUUAGAAACGGAAAAGAAUUCUCUUGUAGCUCAAGUGAGUGCAAAUGUGUAUUAG